AUGCGGCCGGGGAGCGCGCUGCUCGCCCUGCUGGGCAGCCUGCUGCUGCUGCGCCUGCUCUGGGGCUCCGCCACCGCGCCCGCCCGCCGCAGGCUGUUGGAGGAGGAAAGCAGAGAGGCCACUCCUGGUACCCUUGCAGCACCGAGGAGCCCGGACACCCCGCAGCCUCGCGGCGCAACAAACAGUACCUACCUGAAUAAGUUGCUCCAGCAGUCGGAGAGGUGCAUGAAUCUGCAAGAUGACUUACAGAAGCUCGCUAACAAUAGGAAAAAGUAUUCAGAGAAUGACUAUCUUCAGAUUAUCACAAAUGUACAGAGCUGUCCAUGGAAACGACAAGUAGAAGAAUAUAAAGAUUUUAGAGCAAAACUUGCUUCCUGUUGUGACGCUGUGCAAAACUUCAUUGUUUCUCAAAAUAACACUCCAAUCGGGACUAACUUAAGUUACGACGCAGAAAGCAAAAAAAUAGUCAUAAUUACAAAGAACAUUUUUGAUAUGUUUCCAGUGUCACAUCCUUUUGUGGAGCGCCCUUACAAUCAGUGUGCAGUGGUUGGAAACGGGGGGAUUCUGAAUAAUUCUCUCUGUGGAGCUGAAAUAGAUAAAUCUGACUUCGUUUUUAGGUGUAACCUUCCCCCAACAACAGGAAAUGUUAGUAAAGAUGUUGGCAGUAAAACCAACCUUGUGACCAUAAAUCCCAGUAUCAUAAGACUCAAAUAUGGGAACUUAGAGGAGAAGGAAGCAGUAUUUCUAGCAGACCUUGAAGCCUACGGGGAUGCGCUUCUUCUACUGCCAGCGUUUUCCUUCAGGGCCAACCUCCUUCCCUCUUUUAAAGUGUACAAAGCACUGGAAGAAUCUAAGGCAAGACAGAAGGUUAUGUAUUUCCAUCCCAAGUACCUGAGGAACCUUGCCCUCUUCUGGAGAACUAAAGGCGUGGUAGAGUACCGUCUGUCCUCUGGGUUGAUGAUCACAAGUGUGGCCAUUGAGCUGUGUGAGAACGUGAAACUGUAUGGAUUUUGGCCCUUCUCCAGAACCGUGCAGGACACACCUGUCAGCCAUCACUACUAUGACAACAGUUUACCUAAACGUGGUUUCCAUGAGAUGCCCAAGGAAUACAGCCAAAUUCUCCAACUUCACAUGAAAGGAAUCCUCAAAUUACAAUUUAGCAAGUGUGAAAUAGCCUAA